UUUGCAGAACCUUUUAACAAUUCAACUUCGUUGUUGUUGUCCUUUUCUCAACCACGUGUCGUGUCUAAAGGUUGUUCUUGUGGAAUUGGUGCCGUUUUAAGUUAAAAAAAAGAAAGAAAAAUGAUUACUGCUGAAAACGACGUCCAGGAAAAGGACGACGAGAAAGAAAAAGCUAUGCUGUUUUUCAAAGAGAUCUCGGAUAACGCGAAGACUGUGACUGACCUUUUGCAAGAAAUUCUGAAAAAGCUGAAGAACGGCGAGCUAAACUGUAAUAAUGGUAUCAGCCUUUUAGAUGUGAAAAACCAACUUCUAAUGUUUUAUUUGAUGAACAUGUUGCAAGUUAUUAUUAUGAAAGCUACUGGAAAGUCCAUAGUCAACAGUCCAGCUAUAGAAAUGCUCGUUGAACUAAGGGUCAUAUUGGAAAAGAUUCGUCCGAUCGAACAGAAACUUAAAUAUCAGAUUGAUAAGCUGGUCAAAAUUGCAAUAACCGGUACCCUGAAUGAAAAUGACCCAAGCCAGUUUAAAGCGAAUCCUGCAAAUAUGAAAACUGAGCUUGAAGAAGAGUCUGAAUCGGAAGAUGAUACGGAAGAGACUAAAAAGAAGAAAAGCGGAGUUUACGUACCACCUAAGCUAUCUGCUGUCUAUUACGAUGGGGAUGAAAGUCGCACAUCGAAGCGAGAGAAGAUAAUCAACCGGGCUCGUAAACAUGCCCUUCAAAGUUCUGUAAUGCAGGAAUUGAAAGAAGAGUAUUUAGAAACUCCUGUUGAAGUACGGAUGACAAAUUCGUUAAAGCAGAAGGAAGAUAAAUACCAAAAACGCAAACAAGAAUUUGAGGAAGAAUAUAUGACAAGGCUACCUGUAACCAAACAAGAGAAAAGACGAGCUAAAAAUAUUAGUGUUCUAAGCACAAUCGGUGAUGAAAUAACCAGAUUCGAAGACACCAGUAUUUUAAUGGGAGACGAAAGUUCCAUUUCUAAGAGGAAAAAAGGAUUAAAACGAAAAAUGUCACAAACAAAAAAAGGAAAAAAGAGAAGGAAAACAUAAAAACCCAUUAGUACAAAUGCAUGCUGUUAUUUAUUGUACAA